CACCACAAUCUGCAGUGGAAUUAAUGGCCAGGCCAGGAGGAAUAUCGUCACCUAACUGAGCGACGACACAUCCAUGAAGACAGACUGAUAUAAUCUGCAUUUAAUUUGGCUAGAGACAGGCAGACAGACAGGGCUCAGGGUGAGAGCUGCGCCUGUACUGAAGUGUCCCAUUGAGUUUGGCUGAAGUGGACUUAUCUCCUACCAUCCCUCCUCACAUCUCACUCUCUCCUGGAUCCAGACAGGGCUUAGCGCCACUCUCAUCCUGCCCUCCUCACACCAGAGAGGCCUCUCUCCUCUGGGCUCAGUCCCACACUCAGAUCCCUUCAACCACACAACCCUCCUUGCAGUUGGCAGAGUGCUGCAUGAUGCUGCAAGGUGAUGAGCUUGUCUCUGAGGACUGGACAGUUGAUGGUGAUGGUGAUGAUGAUGUCCCCAGAAAUGGUGAUGCCACUGCUUAAGAUCCUGCGACUCAUCAGUUGACGCUUCUUGGCCAGUAACAUGUAGGACACAAGGAACGGAUACAAGAAUAAAGAUCUCGACCUGGUGAAUGAAGGAACAUGGAAACAAGGAUGCAUAAAAAUGACGCAUGUUGAACCCCUCAGAGAGGCUAGCAGAGAUCGUACCAACCCUCCUAGCGGCGCUAAGCCCUGGCUACUGAGGUUGCAGCUGUUCCCUGGACCCAACUACUGGCAGGUUGCGACGCCGUUCUGGCGAACAUAGAGCGGUCCACGAGCCCGGGGAUACAUGCUUCUGAAUUUACCCACUGGGAUAUUUCACAAGAGGCCAGCUGGGAAGUCGGUGGGAGCCAAGAGGAAGGCUGUCUAUGGCAUACGCUCCAGUUCCACUUCCAGCCCGCUUGGUGGCGGUAAUACUCUUUCUGAACUGGUUUACCAACCGCCAAUUAAUACCGAAGAAGAAGAAGGACGAGGGGGGGAGUGCCUGCUGUUUCUCUGACCGCCUGACAGCUUAUUAGUUUAUUAUUGAGGGGGACACAUAAUACUUCAUACUACACUUGUUCAUGAGUAUUUUUGUGAAUGCAGUGAUGGAUCCAGUUCACCCUCUGGAAACACUGUGUGGUAAUGGUGAUCAUGACGGUGUUGAUGUCACCUCCUGGGUGUCAGUGUGUCCCAGAGGCCUCUGGAAAGUCCAGCAGAAGCGAAUACACAAGGAGAAUCAACAAACUGUGUCUAAUUCUGGAGAUGUUUCAUGUUACUGUCCACGGCUGGGUUCACUGUGUCGAGUCAGAGUGCGGCUCAAAGCUAACACGGAUGAAACUGAGAGGUCAGCAUCUGAUAAGGGAAAUGAGAAGCUGUCAGUCCAACCUGAGCAGUCAGUUGCUGAAGUCACAGAGGCGGUGGAAACAGUCUUCCCAAGGUGUCAGGACUCUGUGCUGCAGGUCCCACUGGGUGGUUGGAUUACACUAAGGCUGGGGGAGGGUCAGUGCGAUAUCACCGAGGCAUGUUUGGAAGGAAUGAGAGCUGGAGAGAAAUGUGAGAUUCUUCUUUCUCCUGUUGCACAUGGACCAGACGUCUCUGUUCCACAACCUGCAGAGGAACACCUGUGUGCCACAGUUGAGCUCGAGUCUUUCACACCAGGCAAGGAAUCCUGGGAGAUGUCACCUGGUGAAAAAUGGGAGUGGGUGAAGUCGCACAAGGAGAGGGGAGGAGUGAGAUUCAGGAGUGGGGACAUGUGGGGAGCAGCAGACAGCUACAGCCGAGGCCUCAAACUUCUCAUCGCCCUCUGUGGCCACGUCAGAGAGCUGGAGAAAAAAGGACAAGAGCAAGAAACAGAGGAGCAGAGAGAUGCAAGUAAUGGUGAUAAAACACAGAACCUUCCCUCAGCCACUGAAUUCAAAACCAUCAAAGCUGAGCUACACUCAAACCUCGCUUUGUGCCAGCUCAAACUGAACCAACCAAAACGGGCGAGGGCCAGUGCAGCUAAAGCCACAGAGCUGGACCCAGGUGGGGCUAAAGCCUGGUACCGGCUCGGCCAAGCCUGCCAGAUGGUGAAUGAGCUGGAGGAGGCCAAGCAGGCGUUUAGGAAACUGCUGGAGCUACAGCCAGAAUGUCCUGCUGCUUUGAAGGCACUUAAGGACAUAGCAAGUAAGGAGAAAGAGACAAACACACAGUUAGGACUGAGACUAAGCAAAAUGUUCAGCUGAAGGUUAAAUGCAUCCGCAGAUUACCCAGUAGAACUGUACGGUUUUUCUCAUGAUUCACUGUUUACUGCAAGUGCAUCUAUAGCCUCUGCCUCAGCUCAAAGGUGAAGCUGUUAAUCUGCAGAUGCAUGUUUUUCUCCUGACUCUGCUGCUUGUAUGUGAAUUUCCUGAAUGUAACUUCAAAGUAAAAACCACAUGUCAAAAAUG